AUGGCGGCAGGAAAACCGCCAGCGACGGUGCUCUGGAUCCUCCACUGCCGGGUUCCAGCAGCGAUGCCGAACGCGAACACCCCACCGCGGUUCCUCGUGAAGACCUACGAUAUGGUGGACGACGCUGCCACCGAUAAAAUCGUGUCGUGGAGUCACAACAACAACAGCUUCGUGGUUUGGGAUCCAUCGGAGUUCGCGAGAGACUUCUUGCCCAAGGUUCUUGUGUUUGGUUAUGUUGAGGGAUUCAGGAAGGUUGAUACAGAUCGCUGGGAGUUUGCAAAUGAGGGAUUCUUAAGAGGUCAGAAGCACCUGCUUAGUAGUAUUAGUCGCCGAAAACCUGUCAGUGGACUUGAUCAACAGCCUCAGCAACCACUUGGACAGAGUUCAUCGGUUGCUUGA